UGUGUGUGUAUGUUUGAAUAAAAAAAAAUCAUUUUAAUAAAUUUUCGCAAAAAAAAAAAAAAAAGAAUAAAAAUCUGAAACGCCUCGUUCGAUAAAUCGAGCAGAUCAACAAACAAACCCUAGAGUUCCGAUGAUGAUGAUGAUGAGGGGCCUCUUAUCAACUGCGACGAGCAGCGCAGGAGGUGGGAGAAGAAGCUACAGUCUGAUUCCGAUGGUGAUUGAGCACUCGUCGCGAGGAGAGAGAGCUUACGACAUCUUCUCUCGGCUGCUCAAGGAGCGUAUCAUCUGCAUCAACGGCCCGAUCAACGACGACACCUCCCACGUCGUCGUCGCCCAGCUUCUCUUCCUCGAGUCCGAGAAUCCUUCCAAGCCGAUCCAUAUGUAUCUCAACUCACCCGGAGGCCACGUCACCGCCGGUCUUGCAAUUUACGAUACGAUGCAGUACAUUCGUUCUCCGAUAAGCACAAUCUGUCUAGGCCAGGCUGCAUCAAUGGCCUCUCUCCUCUUGGCAGCUGGUGCCAAGGGACAAAGGCGGUCGCUUCCUAACGCUACCGUUAUGAUUCAUCAGCCUUCAGGUGGUUAUAGCGGUCAGGCCAAGGAUUUGACGAUUCAUACCAAGCAGAUUGUUCGUGUGUGGGAUGCGUUGAAUGGUCUGUACUCGAAACACACGGGUCAGCCUGUCGACGUGGUUGCCGAGAACAUGGAUAGGGAUAACUUCAUGACUCCCCAAGAGGCUAAGGCGUUUGGGAUCAUCGAUGAGGUGAUUGAUGAGAGACCCUUGGAGUUGGUGAAAGAUGCAGUUGUUGGGGGUGAAAGCAAAGAUAAGAGUUUGAGUUAAGGGAGUCACUCUGGUAAUCAAAAGUAUCUUCUUUUUUUUUUUCUUUGCUUCGGUUAGAUCACACUAUGGAUGAAAUUGAUGCUCUGCAGGGGCGGGCUUAAUCUCUUUAAAACUGUUUUUAUUCUUUAAUAAAUCGUGUUCAUGUUUCGGAACUCUUUUCCUUUUAGUUACACAGCUUCGUAUCUGAUUCGAGUAAAUGAAUAAUUGGAUUAAGUUUCAUGGUA